AUUGAAGGGCAUUAGAUAAGGCCAUUAGUUUCCUGUGGAUUAUGGUAAUCCAGUCCCUGUGCCACAGACUGCACCAUAGUCCCUGCAUUCUAACACAGAGUGAAGAUGGAGAUCAGUUUGCGGCGUGUUCUGCUGUCCACACUGCUCCUUUCUACAGUGCUAUUCACCGCACGUGCACAGGAGGAGGACGCGGAGGAGCAGGAGGUCGUCGAGUCAUGGACAGGGAAAGCCUGCAAGUGCGACUGUCAGGGGGAGUCCACCACAGAGUCCACCGCCAUCCUUCCUCCCACCUCCACCCCUCCUCUCCCCAGCCUGCUGGACUGCAUGCCAGAGUGCCCCUAUCACAAACCACUUGGGUUUGAGGCUGGAUCUGUCUCAGCUGAUCAGAUCAGCUGCUCCAAUGAGGACCAGUACACAGGCUGGUACUCCUCCUGGACAUCCAGUAAGGCUCGACUCAACAACCAGGGCUUCGGGUGUGCAUGGCUGUCCAAGUUCCAGGACACCAGCCAGUGGAUUCAGAUUGACCUGAAGGAAGUUAGGGUGGUCUCAGGCAUCCUGACCCAGGGUCGCUGUGACGCGGAUGAGUGGGUCACCAAGUACAGCGUGCAGUACCGCACAUACGAGCACCUCAACUGGAUCUACUACAAGGACCAGACCGGGAACAACAGAGUGUUUUACGGGAACUCGGACCGCUCAUCGUCAGUACAGAACCUGCUCCGCCCCCCCAUCGUGGCCCGCUACGUCCGGCUGCUGCCGCUGGGCUGGCACACACGCAUCGCCGUUCGCAUGGAGCUGCUGCUCUGCAUGAACAAGUGUACCUGAGCGCCCGCUCCCUGCCCCGCUCUGCUCCCCGCCCCACCCUGCUCCCUGCCCCGCCCCGCUCCCCGCCCUGCUCCCUGCCCCAC